AAAAUUUCAUAUUAUCUUGCUUUUGUACAAAAUUUGAAAUAGAAAUAAUCUGUGCUGUGGUAGUGGAAGCAUCGAGAACAUCGCAGCGAUGGCGAGAGUGGGUAGAAUGAAGUUGGGUUCACAAGGCAUGGAGGUGUCUUUGCAGGGACUUGGGUGCAUGGGCAUGUCUGCGUUCUAUGGUCCUCCCAAGCCUGACCCCGAUAUGAUUGCUCUCAUCCACCACGCUGUUCAAACUGGUGUCACUUUUCUUGACACUUCUGACGUCUAUGGUCCUCACACCAACGAACUCCUUCUAGGAAAGGCUCUGAAGGGAGGGGUGAGAGAUGAGGUUGAAUUGGCUACAAAGUUUGGAAUCAACGUUGCUGAAGGGAAGAGAGAGAUCCGUGGUGAUCCGGCAUAUGUGAGGGCUGCUUGUGAGGGAAGCUUAAAGAGACUUGGCAUCGAUUGCAUAGAUCUCUAUUACCAACAUCGUAUUGAUACUCGUGUGCCUAUUGAAAUCACGAUUGGGGAACUUAAAAAACUCGUUGAGGAGGGAAAAAUAAAAUACAUUGGUCUGUCUGAGGCCUCGGCUUCAACAAUCAGAAGAGCACAUGCAGUUCAUCCGAUAACAGCUGUGCAGUUGGAGUGGUCCCUAUGGUCAAGAGAUGUGGAGGAAGAAAUAGUUCCAACAUGCAGGGAACUUGGUAUUGGAAUUGUUGCAUAUAGUCCUCUUGGACGAGGAUUCUUGUCAUCAGGACCAAAGUUGCUUGAGAAUUUGACACAGGAUGAUUUCCGACAGAGUCUACCUAGAUUCCAACCUGAAAAUUUGGAGCAGAAUAAGACUAUAUUCGAGAGGGUUAAUGAACUGGCUGCAAAAAAGGGAUGUACUCCAUCUCAACUUGCAUUGGCCUGGGUUCAUCACCAAGGAAAAGAUGUGUGCCCUAUACCUGGAACCACCAAGAUUGAGAACUUUAAUCAGAACAUUGGGGCUUUGUCAGUCAAACUAACUCCAGAAGACAUGGCAGAGCUCGAGUCCUUUGCUGCUGCAGAUGCUGUCAAGGGUGGCAGGUACAUGGAUGGUUUUGCUACAUGGAAGGAAUCUGAUACUCCACCACUUUCUUCUUGGAAAGCUGCAUGAUGAAGUGCAUUGCUUAAUGCUUAUACUAGUGAUCCUUAAGUGUUUGCUGCUGCUACUUUAAGAAACAUAUCAGUAUGAGUGGCAAGCCUUCACAGUUGAAAGGAAUAAGCCAUUCUAGUUUCUAGUAAUUGAUGUGUCUUUUUAAGUGGUUUGAACUCUGUGGCAGAUGGUUCCAUAUAUGUGUUUAUGUAUGUAUUAAAAUGAACAAAGACUGGCUAUGGCAUGACUUUUACUUGAGUGUGAGUUGAUUAUUGCCUCAACAAGUUAGCUUGAGCAUAUCUUGCUUCAGAAGGCAUGCUAAUCUUUGAGUACAGUGGGAGUGAAUUUUCACAUCUACAUGAAGAAUAAGUCUGUAUCUUUUAAAAUUUGAACAGUUGAUUUCGUUCUAAGAGUUUUCAGUUUCACACUA